UUGUGAGAGAGCCAUAUGUCUCCGUUAGGACAGGUGGCAGGCGAAGGAAAUAUAUACAACGUAACAAAAAACUCAUCGGCAAAACCAGAAGCGCAAACGAAACUGAGGCACCGAGAGAGAGCUUAAGACGCAGACAUGGCUGAACCCAAUACACCUCAAAAUGUUCCUCCUCCUUCUUCUUCUUCUUCUUCAGCUAAAGUUCCAGCUGACAUGAACAAUGGCCACGCCAACAACACCAACAAAAGUUUAUCGGGCCAAAAGAUCCACUACCCGAACCCGCCCGACGCAUCAAACCCUGACCCGGCAACGCUCAGAGAGCAAUGGAAGUUCGCCAUCAGGCAGUAUAGCAAAUGGUACUCCCACGCCUGGGGCACCGCCAUUCUCGCUGGAGUUUCCUUUUUUGCCCUCGGUUGGGUCAUCAAGGGCUCCAAUCCUCUGCCCUCUUUUAGCCGCCAUGACGAUUCUCCUCCUCCUCCCGACAAAGCCGAUGAAGCUCCACGCUGAUCACUCUGUUCUCCGAUUCCCAAUACCACAUCUCUAGGGUUUAGGGAGGGAGGACAAGCUGGUUCGGUUCACCGGUGUCAAGACUCUUAACUUUCUGUACAGCGCCAGCCUUAACAGUGUUGAAAACAGGGUUUAUCAAUGUGGCUUGAGCAUCCUGGAGAAUGUUACUACAUAAUUUAGGGCUGUGAAUUAUAUAAUCUUGUGAGAAUCAUUUCAUUUGACGAUGGUUAAGCAGGUGAUAAUUGAUAAAUAUUUACGUCACCAGUUUGGUGUCUGUUUUAGUUUGUUGUAAUUAGAGUUCUAAUCUUUCUGAACCAAAAGAUAAACCCAGUGGACUCAAUAAAA